AAUCACCGGCAACGUCUGCGAAUCCUCCUUCGGUGAAUCCUCCUUCGGCGCCUCCCCUUACUUCUGUGCCCACGGGCGCAUUAUCUCAACUACAUAUUUCCGAGCCCGAAACGAAUACAAAUCCCUGGCAGCCGGCGCUUGGUGAUUCUAGCCCCCCUAAUACCUUACAACCAGUACCGCCCCUGUCCGAUCAGGAGUCUAAGAGCAAUGUCUGGGACUCGGGUUUGCCGUCAAGAGCGACUUCUACAGGACCUGCCUCAAAUCCCCCCGCCCUAUUACCUUUACAUACUGGGGGGGACUCUCAACCAUGGGGCGAUGCGUCUCCAAAUCCUCCAUUACAACCACUACCAGGGAGAUCUCGAGAGGCAGAAGAAAUGCUCGACGACCAACAUGCAUGGGACGAUCUUGGGCCCAGCAACAAGGGUAAACAAUCAGACUUGCAAGAGUCACAUGUACACUCAGAGACCGUCGACGGCUGGAACCUAAUUGACCACGAGCCAAUACCGGAACCGGGACCGGGGACUCUAUCCAAGCAAAGUACUUGGGAAAACUUCAUGGAUGCAGAUGACGAAAGACCAAAGGAAGAAAAAGCUCCUACGACGGCAGCUCCUACAGCGGUAGCUCCUACAGAGGUGCCACCGGUUUUACCACCGCGGCGAGCGUCGAACGAAGAACCACCACCACAGCCACCCAGAAGGCAGUCACCAGGCGCUACAAGUAAAUCGGAAACAUACCAGAUUAAAAAUAUCAAUUGGCUUGAUGCUACGGCGGCUAAGAAUCCCCGGAGGUCGCCUAUACUUGUACAAAACGCUAAUGGCCCUUGUCCUCUGGUUGCGCUCGUCAAUGCGCUUACUUUGACGACACCUGCUAGUCAGGCGAAUUCAAAUCUUAUCGAGACUCUAAGGUCUCGCGAACAAAUCAGUUUGAAUUUCCUCCUCGAAGCUGUCGUUGAUGAGCUUAUGACCCACCGACAUACCAACCCGGAGGUGUCCUUGCCAGAUAUGACCGAACUCUAUGCAUUUCUUAAGGGUCUCCACACCGGUAUGAACGUCAAUCCGCGGUUUAUACCGAGUUCUGAGUCUUCCCCUAUGCAUAUCCAAAAAUCAACUCAAGAAAGUUUCACCCCGGGGACCUUUGAGAAUACGCGGGACAUGAGACUCUAUGCUACGUUUUCUAUUCCCUUGAUACACGGCUGGUUACCCCCGAGGGAUGACCCGGUAUACGAUUCCUUCACCAGGCAAGCAUCCUCAUACGAUGACGUGCAGAGCAUAUUGUUCCGAGAGGAAGAGCUCGAAGAUAAGCUUAGCAAUUCCGAGAUGGGCUUGACUGAGCAGGAGCAGCAACUGUAUCAAGACAUCAUCAUAAUAAAGUCUUUUCUUAGUACUUCGGCAACACAACUCACUCCAUGGGGUCUUGAGGUGAUUACCAAAGCUAUUCGACCUGGGACGGUGGCAAUUCUAUUUCGGAAUGAUCACUUUUCUACUCUAUACCGCCAUCCCCAGACGCAAAAAUUAUUUACUUUGGUAACAGAUGCAGGCUAUUAUACACACGAUGAGGUCGUUUGGGAGUCACUAGUAGAUGUUCGGGGCGAACGGACUGAGUUCUUUUCUGGCGAUUUCCGUAUAGUCGGAGGGCCUCAACACCAAAGAUCAUCCGGAAAUGUUCCAGGUGGUUGGAAUAGAGAGGGAGGCUCAAGUAGCAAUUCUCACGGGAACGGAUGGCAAACAGUCCAGAAUCGGCGAUCGCGGAAUAGCCGGGCGAGCGAACCAGAUCCUAGCACAUCUAUUCAGCCGAAACAUGAGCAGGAAGAUCGAGAUUUGGCUUUGGCUUUGCAGUUGCAAGAAGAAGAAGAGGAACGACAUCGCGCAGAACAAGCUGCUCGCCGUCGUGAGAGCCAACUGUCUGAGCAAUUUAUCGAGCAGCAAGGCCGGCAAGGUGCCCCAACCCGCGGAGGUCACAAUCAACGUGGUUCUAUUGGUAGGGGCAGCAGUGGUCCAUUGCCGCCAGCCAGGAUUAGUUCGGCUAACCAAUCCACAAGCACGGUGGCCAGUCGAGGAAGGCCGGUACAGCAAGUUAGGUCCUUAAUCCCGCCGGCUUCGACAACCCAUCGGCCCGGAGAUGACCAUGUGGACGAUGCACCACCAAGUUAUGAACAAGCUUCCAAGUCGACCCCAUACGUACCACCCGCAGGACAUCCGAGUCAUCCAGAGAGCAGUCCAAGUAGCGCGAGCGCAACUCCUAGGGGGAGAUCUACAUUUGGUGGACAAAACAGCGCUGGACCUAGCACACCAGGGAGGGGACGCCAGGGCGUACCCCUUGUCCCUACUGGAAAUACCACCUCAGCAGGAGGGGGCAAAGAAAAGGAUUGUAUUGUAAUGUAAUGAGAUGCUAUCAUGCUACACACACUUGCUUUACACUACGAUGGGACUACAUGGUUAUUAGAGAUGGUGUUCAUUGGUUAUGGGCUACACGCGGCUUUGUGGAAAUCAUAGGCUACGGGGAUUGUAUUAUUAAGGGAAUUAGCAGAGUACCGGUCACUUAUCUGACGAGUUUACGCAGGGAAUAUAUGAUUAUGUCCUCAUUCAUCCAAUAUACGCGAGGUGGUUCCAAUUG